GCAACUAACCAACUACGUUACUUGCGCACGCCAAGCUGCCCCUCCACAUGCAACAGGCAACAUCAUCCUCCCUUGUCUCCAACUCACAGCAAUCCAGCACAGAACAAGAAACAAUAAAUCACCACAAGCUUCACAAAAUGGCUGACGCUGAAAAUGCUACCCGCGCGCCCGAGAGCGACGCCCAGGAAACUCUUGCGGCCAGCGACAACAUCCAAGCUCCAGCUCCGGCUCCGGCUGUUGCAGGCGAGCAUUGUGUAUCUGACAGACCAACUCCUUCUGGUCAGUCAUCUACUGGAGAGAUCAUCAAGCUCAACGAUGUUGAUGUCUACAUCUCGAAACCAACCGACUACCCCCAUGCGCCAUCACGACUCCUGCUCCUCCUGACGGGCGGCACCGGCAUCAAGUCUAUAAACAACCAAAUCCAGGCUGACAGAUUCGCCUCAGAGGGCUACCUCGUCCUCAUGCCUGACCUGUUCGCUGGUGACACGGCUCCUGGCUCGACAGCUAUUGCAGACGACUCUACAUCCAUCCUUGAACAAUUCAAGCUCAAGGCCGUCGAGGUUACAAAGUCAUUCCUUAUCGACAUGUGGCUCGCUCGCGUCACAGGCGAAAAGGUCAUGCCUAUCCUGCACAAGGUCAUUGAUGCGGCCAAGGAGCAAUACGCCGAUGCGAUCAAGCAGGGCGAUGGUAUCUACGCUGCUGGAUACUGCGUUGGUGCGCGAUUCGUGCUCCUGCUCGCAAAGAAGACAAAUACUACCGAAGGCGAUGCCGAGAGUGGUGGUGUCAAGAAUGGGCCAUACAUCAAGGCUGGCGCUUUGGCACAUGCUGCUUCAGUCGUUCCUGAUGACUUUAAGGACAUUAGCGCUCCCAUCAGUUUGGUUUGCGUAGAGAACGACCCUCUUUUCCCCGAAGAGGUGCGGAUAGGCGGAGAAGACAGUUUGUCCGACGCCAAUGUUGAGCACGAGGUUCAGGUUUAUCCUGGAGUUCCUCAUGGAUUCGCUGUUGUUGGCGAGUACCAGGAUCAGUCCAUCAAGGAUGCACAAGCCACUGCCUACGACCAGAUGCUCAACUGGCUAAAGGCUCACUAAACAAAAUAUGAUACCUUUACUUUGGAAAUAUGCAAGCGUUCAGAUCGUUCAGAUAAGAUUUUCUGUUUAGCACGAUUCCAGUGAUGGAGUACGUAGCCAGUAUGAUCCAUUUGUCACUUAUGGUCUUUAAUUUGACAUCAAAUAUUAAGUGAUAUGCUGUCGUUCUUUUUUCACAUGUUCCAUGACAGGGUGAAGUCAAUUUAUAUUCAAUCGUUUCCUUUCGAGCUUGCAGC